AUGGCCAAUUUAGAGAAGAUAAGGAAAAUGUUGAAACCCUCAACUCCUACCCCCAAUCAUCUUCGGACCCUCAAACUUUCAUUUUUCGAUCAGCUCGCUCUUCCUGUAUAUGUCCCAAUACUCUUCUACUACUUGCCCAGCGUUGAUAUUAUAUCAUGUGAUAAGCUUCAAAAUUUUUUGGCUGAGACGCUAACCAAGUUUUACCCUCUAGCAGGUAGAUUUAGUGAAGAUGAUGAUGAACUCUCAAUUCACUGCAAUGACGAAGGUGUUGAACCACCCAAGAUUGAUCUUCUUCCUGAAAUGGAUCAUCAGCCAUCAUGUCCAUUACUUGGAAUCCAAGUUAACUUAUUCAAUUGUGGAGGACUAGUCAUAGGGACAUACAUUUCACAUAAAAUAGCUGAUGCUUUCACUUUAGCAACAUUUGUCAAGGAAUGGGCUUACACUAGCUUUACAGGGACACUAAAAGCUGGCUCUCUCCCAAGUUUCGAUCACUUGUCAUCGCUCUUUCCCACCAGAGUGCUAUCAGAAACGACUCAGUUUCCAUCAUACAUUAUUAAUACUACUCGCCCUAAGAUUGUCACGAGGAGGUUUAUCUUUGAUGCUUUAGCAAUAGCAAACCUCAAAAAUACAAUUGAAGACUCAACUGCCAUCAGGCCUAUUCGAGUGGUGCUCAUUAUGUCGUUAAUAUGGAAGGUUCUUGUGGGCAUUUCCACUGCCAAAAAUGGACAUUCAAGGGACUCGUCUUUAUUAUUUCUUAUUAAUUUGAGGGGAAAAUCGAAUUUACCAUCGUUAGAUAAUGAUGCUUUAGGGAAUUGUACAAUGUAUGGAAUUGCUAAUUAUAUGGAGGCAAGAAAGGAUCAUGAGUUGAAUGAUUUUGUAAAGUUGGUAGGAAAUACAAUAGGGGACACAUGUGUAGCCAUUGGUAAGGCGGAAAGCGUUGAUGACAUUUCCUCUUUGAUUGUUAACAAUCAGAGAAAAGUUAUAGAGAAAUUUGCCCAAGGAGACGAGAUUGAUGUUUAUCCGAGCACUAGUUGGUGCAGAUUUUGUUGGUAUGAAACUGACUUUGGUUGGGGAAAGCCAUUCUGGGUGAGCCUCGUUGAGUGCGAUGCUUUUGAAGGAAUUAGUCUGAUGGACACAAAAGAUGGUGAUGGAAUAGAAGCAUGGGUUUCUUUAAAGGAGAAUGACAUGGCUCAAUUCGAGAGAUACCCCAACAUUUUGUCAUCCACUUCAAAACUAGCAUUUCCAUUCCUUUCGAUAAAUUGA